AGCUUGUCCUCUCCAUGACACGCGCCUUAUUGCCUUGGCCCUCCCUCUCGCCUCCUAUAUAUACACGCAGCAAGCUCUGCUCGUAUGGCCACACCACCACCGGUUCAACACCGCACCGGGCCACCACUAGUGCUCACUGCCGCCCUCCAUUGUCGCAAGAGCUGAGCGCGCGUCAUUGUGAUUCGUGAGUUGCGACAAUGAUCAAGCUGCGGUACUCCAAGAAGCUGUUCAGGAGGAGCUCCUCCAAGGGCAGCACCGGCAGCAGCAGCGAGGGCGGUGCCGGUGUCGGCGUCGGUCGAGGGGAGAUAGAGUGGGAGGUGAGGCCGGGAGGGAUGCUGGUGCAGAAGAGGGAGGGGAGGGGGGACGUGGAGGUGAUCACCGUCAGGGUGGCCACCGGCUUCUCCUGGCAUGACAUCUCCAUUGGGGCUACCUGCACUUUUGGAGAGCUGAAGGCGGUGCUAUCCAUGGUGACGGGACUGGCUCCUCGGGAGCAAAGGCUGCUGUUCAGGGGCAAGGAGAGGGAGGACAGUGACCACCUCCACAUGGUUGGGGUGAGGGACAAGGGCAAGGUGCUGCUCCUCGAGGACCCUGCCCUCAAGGACAUGAAGCUCCGGGCCGCGCUCACGCUGGCGGCCCAGGCCAUCGUGCAGCAGAGCCCGUACCAGCCUUUGAUAAUCGAGGUGUAGACCGGCCCUUGCCCACCGUCAAGCUAACCGUUUAGAGUAAAUCAAUCACGCCAUCAAUUGGUUUGGUCCCAAAAGCUUUCUAAAAGCUAGCCUUAUGUUGGCAGGGAAAUCUUCGUGGAAACAAACCAUUUAGUGUAAAUGUGCAAAUAUUGAUUCUCGUCCAUUCAAUCCUAAUAUGAAUGUAGCUAUUUCUCCUAUCAUCCCACCUAAUCUACAUUGAUUAGAGGUCACACAUGGGUUUAUUGCAAAAUGAUAUCUGUGGGAUGUGGGACGAAGAGCGGGAUUCAGAUCGGGAUCGGACGGAUGUAAAUCAAUGUUUGCACAUUUGCACUGAAUGAUUUAUUUGCACCGAAGAUUUCUCCAAUAUUGACAGCCUGAUCAGGCAAGGUAUGAGGUAAUCUGAUCAUCAUGAUUGGUGAUCCAAUGCUGUUAAUCAGUGUACUAAGUACCACUCCAUGCGAGGGCAAAGUGCCCCUUGAUCUGAGAGCUAGAGUACUGCUACUAGUUGUUAGUUGUGUGGUUGUGUCAUGUGUAGCCAGUUGCACCUGUGAGUGCCGAGUGUUGUUGUCAAUUAUCAUGCAUGAA